AUGGUCAAGAAUCUCCUCACGACCCUUUUAAAUACUGUUUACUUUCCGGAAGUGGCUUUGUUGCCAGACAAUACUAUCAUCAAGAAUUCUUCAGUCUCCGACGUGACACUUGAGCAUCUCGUUGACCAAUUUGAUCGGGAAGAACAAAAGAUUCUUUUCGGGCUAUAUACUCAAUUUAAUUCGACACUGGUCCCACGUUAUUUCCGCCCUGUUGUCGAGCUCGUUUUCGAUUUCGUGGAGGAUCAUGAUCGAGAGUUGUGGUUCGAGGGGAUACUCAGAUCACUAGAAGCAUUAACCCCACGUGCUCGCACCGAAGCGACUGUCCUCCUUAACAACCCCGAGGCGAGUUGGACUGAGGUAGAGGCUGCCGAAGAGGAGGAUCGAGCCUUGAGUGCUGAGGUCGAGGCCAUAAUACUAAAGACCCCUCAAUUAUUGGUGAGUCACUUCAAGAAGGUUCCAUCGUCGCACGCUGACUGGAGAAAAGAGGAAAUGUGGCGAGUUAGUUCGAACUCAAGCAAGAGACGACAACCAAGAUACAAGCUUAUUCGACACGACUAUGAAGGUCUUGAACCGUUCUCAGUCCAGUCUACAGACCAUAGACUGGAUUAG